AUGCCGAUGAAAAAAACUGCAUGUGAGGUAUGCGAUAGGCAAUUUGCAAAUGCAAAUUCUCUGAAAUGCCAUAUGCGAAUACAUACCGUUGAAAAAAACUACUCAUGUGAGGUAUGUGAUGAGCAAUUCCGACAUGCAAACUCUCUGAAACUCCAUAUGAGGAAACACGCGGGUGAGAAAAAUUACUUAUGUAAGGUAUGCAAUAUAACACUUAGUCAACAUUCAAACCUGCAGCGGCACAAAUUGAUGCACGACAAUGUGCGAUUCGAAUGUAAACAAUGUGGAAAGAGUUUCAUUCGAAAGGAUAAUUUGAAUACGCACAUGAAAAUACAUGAAAGUUCGAGUGAAAAGCUUUAUUCGACAGUGAACUCCUUAGCAGCAUCGAUAGCAGAUAUCAUUGACACAGAAGUAUUAAUUAGAGAUAUUGUCGCAUUCACAGGUUUAUAA